CAUCCCUGACCCCAUCCCUGCUUCCCGGCCUCCAUCCCUACCUCUGUCCUGCCUCCCGGCCUCCAUUCCUGCCUCCCGGCUUCCGUCCCUGGCCCCAUCCUUGCCUCCUCGCCUUUAUCCCUGCCUCCGUCCUGCCUCCCGGCCUCCAUCCCUGCCUCCCGGCCUGUCUCCCGGCCCCCAUCCCUGCCUGCCUACUCUCCUUCCUCCCUCCCAGCCUUGCAGCAUCCUUUCCUGUAGCAGUUGUUACUAUCCGCCCCCCUCCCUCCCCGUUUCCCAUCCGCUCCCGUUGCAGUCGCGGCGUGCCCGGCCGGGGACAGGGCAGGCCCGGCCAUGCUGCCCUCCUUCAGUUACCUGACCGAACACACCGGCUUCCGCGGCACCAUCAAAAACUCCCCCGCCGACUUCGUAGUGACAGAAAUCGAGGUGCCCGAACGCUUCCUUGGGGACAGCGGGGCUGAACUGCCUCAGAAAACCAGCGAGGCGCUGGCGGAGCAAAGCGCCCCGUGCCCGCGGCAGCCCAAGCAGCGAAGAGCGGAGGCCCCCGGCCCGGGUGCCCCCCUGUGUCCCCGGGGGGCUGCGCCCGGGACCCCGGAGCGCGACCCGGGCCGGGCAGGGGGCGGCUGUGCUGCAUCCUCUGGCAAGAAACAGCGUGAGGGAGCACCUGAGCCGAAAUCCGGCCUCGAGGAAACCAAACUGGAGUCCUUACUCGGCAAACCCAUGAGCGAACUGCUCAAUAAGUUUGCUUGCGAUCUGAAGGAAGCGUGGGGCUUGGAAAAUAGUCCGAGUGCUGGCACUAGGGAGCUCUCGCUAGGAGCCAGGCUGGACAAGAAAAGUCGGGCUGAUUUACACAGUGCUGUUAGGCAGAAAUUCCCCUUUUUAGUCACUGUUACAAAAGACAAUGAAAUGAUUGUAAAAGGAAAUGCUGAUUACAAAGAACUUUGUCAGUUAGUGACUGAAAAGGAAACAAGUGAUUUCUUUAAAUUUUUAGAUGCAAAGCUAGAAAAUUCGACGUUUUCUUUUGAGCCUGAUGGAAACAAAGAGCACAGAAAAGUAGUUCACCACUUUCUCCAUAGAAAAUUCGGAAAACUUUUAGAAACAAAGUCUUUUACUGUGACAGAUGUCAAUGAUCAGCCAAAUAUGUCAAUAAUAGUACGAUUUCGAGAAAAAUGUGGGUCCAGAAAAAGGUCUGCUGGUGGUUCACAGGAAAAACAAGAUGUUUAUACAGCUUUCACCCUUCAGAAAGAAAAUGUAGAAACACUAGAAGCAAUCGGCUUGUUGGCUGCAGAACUUGAUGUUCUUCCUUCAGACUUCAGUUACACUGGCAUCAAAGAUAAGAAGGCUAUCACUUUCCAACCUAUGGUUGUGAAGAAGGUGACUCCUGAGAGGUUGAAAGAAAUUGGAAACAAAAUGGAAAAAAAGGGCAUGAGAAUAUACAACAUACGUUCAACGUACCAGCACCUCAGGCUUGGUCAGCUGAAAGGCAAUCACUUUGACAUAGUUGUGAGAGAUCUCCAAAAGCACAGUCAUGACUCUUCUGCAGAUUUAAAGAAAAGAAUAUCUGAAGCAAUGGAAAAUGUUGAGACAAAAGGUUUUGUAAAUUACUACGGACCUCAGCGAUUUGGACAAGGACAAAUUGUUCAGACAGAUCAAAUAGGAUUGGCUUUACUGAGUGAAAAAAUGGUGGAAGCUAUGAAGUUGUUCUUCACACCUGAAGAUACUGAUGAUCCUGUAAACAAUGCAAAAAGAUACUUUCUUCAAACUGAAGAUGCAAAGGGCACGCUCGUGAUGCUGCCAGAAUUUAAAGUAAGAGAGAAGAUGUUGCUACGAGCUUUAAAUCGCUAUGGUGUAAAUCAUGAAGGCUGUACCAAAGGAUGGCUCAACAUUCCUCAUUCCUUGCGCAUAUUCUAUGUCCAUGCUUAUUGCAGUAAAAUUUGGAAUGAAGCAGCAUCAUAUAGGCUGAAGAUUUAUGGCUUAAAAGUGGUUGAGGGUGAUCUUGUCCUCUCAGAAGAAAAUGAUGAAAGCAUUUCCCUGAAUAACAAGGUUCAUGUAGUCACUGCUUCAGAAGAGUCAGCUAGAAAAUAUUCUAUAUACCAGGUGGUUCUUCCAAUGGUGGGACAUAGUAUCAAGUAUCCCAGUAAUAAAGUUGGAGAGUGGUACCAUGAAAGACUUUCUAAGGAUGAACUGGAAAUGUGCAAAUUCAGAGUGUCACCAUUACAGCUGAAUAUACCUGGAUGCUACCGACUCAUUUUGAAAAAUGUUCAGAAUCUCUCAUAUUUUUUGGAAGGUGGUGAAAAAGGGAUCAAAAUUGAGGACAACCAUCUGAAUGAUUUAAAAGUCUCUCUUCAUAUAUCAUUUGACCUUGAUCCUUCAUGUUAUGCAACAGUCUGUCUGAGAGAAAUAAUGAAAUGUGACUUUUAAGAUUCCACUUAAUUGCAGGAAUUUUGUACAAUGUUUAUAUUUUAUGUGUAAUGCCAAGAACAUAAGGGAGAAGAACAGGUUCAAGUCAUGAACAGGAAAAAUUUGUAGAUUGAGAUUCAUACAGAUCAGGAAAAAAACUCACGCAAAUCCUUUGGAACACUCAAAAAACUUUCCAAACUCUAAAUGCAAAGCCUUGAAAGCAUUGGAGUAAAGCUAUAUGUUAUACCAGGCAGGUCUAACAGAACUUAAAGAAACCAUGGGCAGCUAGCAUGAAUUUCCUCUUUGCAUAGAUAUCUGACUUGCAGAGUUAAAUCCUGGAAACGUAUUUCCAGCAAACAAAUAUAUCUUGUAUUUCAUAGUAUUUUUCUUUACUGUUUUAUACUAAAUGCUGUUCAAGCAAUAAUGUUAGACGUUUGCAGCCUACAGGUAUGUAACUGAAAAGUUAUUGUACUGAGGUUCGCUAAAUAUAUUUUAUUUUCAUUUUAUUUAGGCACUUAAUGUUAAAAGGUAAAAGUCCUUAGUCAACAGUGACAAGUCAUCUGUUGCUUUAUCAGACAUUCAAUGAAUCUCCCAACUUAAGUCAAUGCUAAGGAUUCCAGGAUUAAGUAAUGCAUAGUUGUUAAUGCCUUUUCCAGUAAGCUCCUCAAGAUGAGGUGAGUACUUAACAUCAUUGAAAAACCAUUUAUAAUAAAACCAAAACUAUGUUAUAUUGUUUACAGGAUAAAGAGUCUAUUCCUGUUACUGUGAAGCCUUAUGGUAGCACAAAACAAAUUAAUUGAACCAACUGUGGGAUAAAAAAGCUUUUCUUUCUUGAUUAAAAAUAAAAAAAAGGCCGUUAACUGUGAUAAAAAUGAAUGGAUUUGUGAAAAAGGGGAGAACAAAAAAAACAUAAUUUACCUUGACUUUAGCAAGGUGUUUGGCAGUGUCCCACAAUAUUUACAUUGUGAAACCAAGUUAGGAUGUAUCGGUUUGGAUGGGUGGGCAGCCAGAUGGGUAAAACGUGGAUGAUGAGGUUCAGGGAGUAGUGAUUAACAGGUCAUCCUCUACCUGGAAUGAGUGUCACUGGGAUAUCUUCUGGGCCCCAUCCUGUUUAAUGUCUUUGUCAGUGGCCUGGACAAGGGAAUGGAGUUCACCUUCAUGACUCUGAAGGGGACACCAAAUUGAGGGAUCAGACGGAUAUUGUGGAGGAUCAGGCUGCUGUUCAGGGCAACUGAGACAUGCUGAAGGAACAGGCCAGCAGAACCAUAUGACAUUCAAGAAAAACAAAUGCAAAGUGCUGCCUGUGGUAAGGAAGCACCCAUGCAGCAGCCCAGGCUGGUGAGCAGCUCUGCAGGAAUGGCCCCAGGAACCUGGUGGGCAGCUGAACAUGAGCCAACUAUGUGCCUUGGCAGCAAGAAUGACCAACAGCCUCCUGGAAUGUGUUAGCAGGGGCACAACCAGUAGGUCAAGGGAAGGUAUUACAUCUCAUUGUUCAGUACUUGUUGGAUCACAUUUAACCUCUACAUUCAGUUUUGGUGCCCAGCACAAGAAAAAGAUAAAUAAACUGGACCAAGCUCAGUGGAGGGCCUCUGAGCUAUUACGGGACUGGAGUCCUUGCCAUUGAGGACAUGCUAAAGGAACUAGGCCUCUUCAACCUGGAGAAGAUACAGCUUGGGGGAGAACCAACAAUAGCUCUCCAGUAUCUGUGAGGAGGUUAGCAAGAAGAUGGAGCCAGGCACAGUGUGGCAGGAGGUGUUAUGUUCCACUCUACAAGGCAGAAGUAGCUUUUGUUUUUCUGCUAAUAAAUCCCUUGGGGUGAAUUAAAGUAAAUCUAAACCAGAUAAUCAGUGGUUACAGAUAUAGAUAUAUGUAUA